GACAAGUCGCCAUGCAAAUACCGCCUUCACCUGAGUGCUGCCACGAGAUUGGCUGUGCCACGCUCCGAGCAGCACUGGCCGGACUGCUUACGAUGCGGCGGGCGAUUGGCUGGAUGCAAUCCGCCGCCUCCAAUGCGCAGUCCAACACGCGUCAACUUCAUUAUUCACGAUGCCUUUGCUUCGUACGAGGUCGGUGAAAUCGCCUUCAAUCCAAAAGGCUGCAAAUGA